UUAACCUUUUCAUAUUUAUUUUAUCAUCAUACGGUACGUCUUUCGGCUCUAAGAAAUAAUUCAAGACAUAUAUUAUACUAGCAGCUGUCAGAAGACUCGGUGGGUUCGUUGGGUUGAUAUCACCUAUCCCCCACCCCCGCGGUUACAUCCAGCAUAGGUUCUACACGAGUCAGUGAUAAGCAGGAUUAUUUCUUGGUAUCCAUCCUACAUGAAUCCGUUAUUUUUGGUAGCUAAGGGUAUGGCCUAGUAACAACUGUUCAUAAAGGAGAGAAAAAUAAUUCGGCAAUAAAAAGGAAGCGACACAUGGAAUUCCAAGCAGAUAAAGUGUUUACAUCAGAAUCACAUUAGCAAGUGAAUUACUGAUUCUUUUCUCUAAUUAAUGAAUGUUUUUUGGUAUUGUUUAUUGCGCAAAUUCCUUCAAUUAAAACUGAAGUGCGUCGUAUCAUUCGCGUAAUGCGCUGUAAAUCUUUGCCAAUCUCCCACCUCGACAGUUGGUACCGCGAUACGAUUGUGAAUUCAUCUAGAUCAGACCCAAGCAAGAAGUAACACAAGCUGAUGUUAUGUGUUCAUCGGACACUGAGCGUUCCGUGUUUAAGUGAACAAGUGGUUCGUAAUCUCGCAACAACUUCACGCUCGUCACAUGCACGGACGGAAUAAGUGACUAUAUUGCAAUUAAUUCAGGUAAAGGUCUACCUUGAACGAACUGGACUUGAACCUCCGAAUUCCUUUUUAGAUGUAAUCUAGCAAAGAUAGAACAGACCAACAGCCAUGACAAAUGAGACUUAUUUAUACGGCGGGGAUCAGAACCUUACAAGUUACCACUUUUGCAACCCGUACGUGUACAAAGAGGCGUUUGUGUUCUACGGGAUCCUGUACCCCAUUGUGGCCAUCCUCACCGUCGUCACUAACAUCCUGGUGGUCGGCGUCUUCCUGAAACAGAAAAUGAAGUCCCCCACCACCACCCUACUGAUCGGGCUCGCCAUCGGUGACGCGGGGGUUGGGGCGGUCACCCUCCCCCUGCACAUUUACUAUCACAGCCUUCAGAACUACAGGUUCACCCUGGAGUACCCGGGGUGUAUUUUUUACCACGUGGCGCCCGUCAUAUCCACCAUCCUCCACACAGUCUCUGUGUGGGUGACCACGGUGCUGGGCGUCCAGCGCUACCUGGUGGUUUCGCACCCGUUCAAAGGACCCAAGUAUUGCACUAUCAGGGCGUCGGUCAUCGUCCUUGUCUACAUCUACGUGUUCGCCACUGCCAUGUACUUUCCCCAGUUCUUUUAUCUGAACUACAGAGAAAUUGUUGUCAAUGGCGGAAACGGCAUUGUGUAUCAGGUUUGUGAGUGCUGGGCGACGGAUGUACCGGCAGUUUAUGAAGGGAAACUCAAAAUACUUAAACUCUCCCUGGCCAAAUUAAUUCCUUGCAUCAUAUUGGCGAUUACAACCAUCCUCCUGGUCAGAAAGCUUGACAAGGAAGCCCGACAGUCCGGCAGUCUCCACGCGGAACGACAAAGUGUGAACCGAGAGACCCGAGAGGCCAGGCUCAUUCGGAGGACAUCACUCAUGAUUGUUGUCAUAGUUGUUACUUGUUUAGUGGUAGAAGUUCCGAAUGGACUUCGCUACCUCACAAGGACCAUUAACCCGGAAGCUCUCGAUCCGGAAACAGAUUUAUUUUUAGUUGCAAUCCUAAAUGUAUGUACUCUCUUGAAUUUUCAUAUUAACUUCUGGAUUUAUAUCUGCCUAAGUCAGGAGUUCAGGAAAACCCUACGAUCUAUAGUUUGCCGGUGGAAUAAAAAGUAUCAAAAGGUACAUUUAAUGAGCCAGAGUUCCAUGCGAACUACCUCUGACAAUCUGUAAUUUGAUUGGUGUGUCGAUAUUCUCGCGGGAUUGUGACAUUUUUUAAACAAUCUCAGUGUGACCUCAUUGACUUACAUGAAUGCACCUUGAUUACCCAGCCUGUUUGGUUAUCUUGUAUUGUGACAUUUGCUCUGUGUCGUGGGCUGACCGAUUGUGAUUUAUAAGCAUGUGUUUUUGUGUCCCCAUGGAUGUAUUUCACGGAACGCAUUGUCUAAAACGUCGACUUCAUUAACAUAGACAAAUAGUUUAGAAACGUUAUUGUUUAUUUUUGUCGUUUUGUUCAUUAAAUGUUGAGACCAUUAGGUGCUUAAAUCACGAUUUUCGUGAAUUUUCAAUCCGAUAUUUCUAUGCUACACAAUCCAACUAUUUAAUGAUAUAAAGCAUCACGUAUGAGCUACCCAGUGAUAAAAGGGUAUAUGGGCCAUGGUACUUGAUCUCCAGAGGGCUAUAAAGAUCGGAAGAUUCAAAACAAAUCACAGAAAAAACAAACUUAUUCAAAGUAAAAGGUUCAGUUUAUGUUUGUUUUUUUUAGAAUCGAUGUAAAACAAAUGUUUUAUCUCGCCAUUAAACGCUGUCCUAAUUAUCUCCCAUCAAUGGAUUGAAAUUUCCACUGCAUCAAAAAUGCCCUGGAUUAACUGUUCGAUUUGUUUUAAUGAUUUUUUUUAACAAUCUCGAAGCUUACUCAAGUGAUGAACUUUUUGACCUGAUCCUUGCCUAUUGGAGUAGGGCACUAGUUUUCUAAAAAUGCUUUAGAUGCUAAAAAAACUGACACUUAGAAAUAUUUUGCUCUGAGCAUUAAAUCCACAUGUGUGGUCCGAUUUAAAAUAGCAUUAUGAAUGAUAAUGAUAAUGGAUUAUGAUAUUUUAAGGAUGGCAAACAAAAAGAAGGAUGAUUUGCAAGACAAAAUUUGCUUUGUUUUUAUCCCCCCCCCCAAAAAAAAUGAAUUUGAAUUGAAAGUGUCCUAAAGAAUGGCAAAGUUUACUUCAUCAUUUGUUAUUCCUUGUGUGUGUGCGUGUGUUUUUUUUCAAUUCCCUAAAGUCUUUUUUGACACACAACAGUUUUUAAAUUAUGUUAGUUUCAAACAAAAAACAAAACAUUCGUCGAAUCGGACCCUGGAGCUUAAUUCAAAGACGUGCUAGGGCUUAUUAGUUUUGAAAAGAUUGAUAUUUCAUUUACCUAAAAAAGCAAAAAUUUAUAUUUUAUUUUAUCAAUUUUCUAUGAAAAUGAAUACGUGCAUUUUUAUGAUGCUUCAUCAAAAUUUAGAUGACAGUUGUCGAAUUACAAGUGAGAUUAAGAUUCAGAAUUCUUUGUUUUUUAAACAAAGCUCAGGUCUUUUUUGUAUACAGUAUGUAUAUGUGUUGAAUUGAUACAGGUUUCAAUCAACUUUUGCUCUUUUUCUAAAGAAGUUUGUUUUUAUCUAACAUUGAAACAGUUAAUCUUGUUUGCUUCGAAUCCUAGAAUUUUUGAAAGAUAUGGUAUUUUCUUACAGAACAUUAUAUUUGUAAACAAAAACAGGAAUAAAGCUUUGAAUUUUAACGUCAGUAUCUCGAUUGUAACUUGACUUUUAGCAUUCAAAAUACUACAGUAAACCUUUCGAUGCAUUAAAUUUAUUUUUUUUAAAGUUUUAAAAUCGUAUCUAGGUCCCUUCAAGACGUAUUGAUAAAGGCUUGGUUGAACAAUCAAUCACUAUGUUAAUCUAUAUGAAUGUCUUAAGAUUGGAGAAAUAUUCUUAAGUUUU